AUGGUUGGCGUAAUACUUGAUGAUAUUUGGUUCCAGUAUGCCCUACUAUUUAGACCCCAGUUCUCAUGGACUUGUGUGGUCAUGAUGACGGAUUAUCUCACAAAACCAACAAAUGAUCAUGUCUGCAUGGCAGUCAGAUCGGAUAUCGUGACAGCAGUCCUUUACUCUCCGACAAACCGCGUACUCAAACCUCUGAUCCCUCCUUCCCCUCCGCGGUCACUCGAAAUCGACCUCAAAAAAGACGCAUAA